CUUGGCAUGGAAGGGCCACUGGGGACGACGGUGAUGGGCAGCCACCGCGCGCGCAAGGUGCUGCGGGCCUCGCUCUUGCUGCCGCAGGCGGCCGCGCUCGAGAGUCUUCCGAGCCUCGACUACCUCGAGCGCACGGGCGUCAAGACGUUCCUCGAAGACGCGCUCAAGCAGCUCCUCGUCGAGCGGCCCGAGAGCGCGGUCCGCUUCUUUGACAAGUACUUUUCCAGGGUGCUCGCCAUGACACACGUCGAAGGCCGGUCCUUUGAGUUUGUCGACGCUAACCUCCGCAACCGCCUCGCCUUCUUAGCCCUCCUCGACAACGCGCUCGGCAACAUUGACGAAGCGUAUGAGAUGACGAUGGAUGACUUUCAUCAGCUGGCGGCGACGCACUGCGCGGGCUUGCCGCGGUCGCUCGUGGUGCAAGCAUGCAGCCACCUCGUCGAGGAAGAGAGCUGCACGGCCGAGAUCCCCUUCAAGCGCAUCUUGACGUGCUUCCGGGCGUGCUUGAUUUACAAUGAGUUUUUAGCCCACGUCUACCACAUUUACGCCGAGUACAUGCGACCCGAGAAGAAGGACGCGUGCGAGACGGUCGACGAGAAGCGGCGCAAGGACGGCGCGCAGGCCAAGCUCAGCGAAGCCGUCGCCACCAAGGUCCGCGACGAGCAUCGCGGGUGUCACGAAAAGUUCACGUGCCCACCACUGUCAGUCGUCGAGGCGUGCCUGUAUACGAGUGGCACCUUCAAGCAGUUUUGUGGCACCUUUGUCGAGCAUGUCGCAAUCGACGCGGCCAUCAAUGAACUCCACAGUGCGCACGAGAAGGUGGGCGAGGCCAUGUUUCGGCUGCCGACGGGCGACGCUGCCGAUGGCCCCGACAUGGACGCGCUCAAGCAGCCGCGCAAGUCGAUCAAGCGGCGCAGCUCGUCCAAGGCGGCCAAGCGCGGGUAGCCGCGCCGUCGUGCAGAGGCAGGGGCGCUGCGAUCUUGGCCCGCAGCUGGCGACGCCAAAUUUUAGGAGCUUGUAUUCUGCAUGCACUUUUAAGCCAAUGGCCUUGCAGGAUU